AUGACGUCCGAAGACUCAGUGCGAGCGUGCGCAGAGAUGUUGUAUCUCUCGCUCUUGCAAACCCAUCGCGAUGCGCUGACUCCAUGCAUCCUGCGCAUGAUGCAGUCGACAUCAGCGUGGAUGGCAAGCCCCACACCAGUGCAAGAUGACAUCCUCCGCGCAGACGCCGUGCUCUUGGCCGCCGGGCUCUCGUCGUACGAUCUCCACGAGAGCUUCGACUUUGAGCCGUGGUUUCUGCACACCUUGGUGCCGUACCUGCAGUCUCCAAUUAGCCAAACUGUCUCUGGCGUGCCAGUUCUCCCGCGGCGCAUCGUGUGGCUCAUCGGAUGCUGGCUCGCGCAGCUGUCCAACCAAGUCCGCAUCCCGCUUUACGAAGCAUUGCUCCAACUCCUCUCCGCGCCCAAGUCAGAUACAUGUGUGAAACUGGCGGCCGUUCAAACCCUUGAGUCGCUCGUGAACGACUGGGGCUUCGACCAAGCCACGUUUGUUCCGUUCCUUCCAUCCGCCAUCGGGUGCUUGUACACCUUCUUCGGCGACCCUGCUGUCGUCACAACCGACACUCGUUUGAAGGUUCUGGGAUGCGUUGAAGCCAUUGUCCACGUGUGUGGCAGUGCCAUGGGUCCGUGCAUCAUCCAAGUCGUGAAUCCCCUGCCGGCCAUUUGGGAAGCGGCCGGUUCAGUCGACGCCAAUCUCUUGCGUGGAAAGAUUCUGUCGCUGUUGACGCGCAUCAUGGAGAUCGAUUGGCAAGACGUGGCUGAUGUAGAGCUGCAGAAUAUGGUGCUGUCGGUCGUGUCGUUCGCGACGAACCCCAACCAGCCCGACUCGGUGUACCUGAUGGACCAAGGCCUUGCGCUGUGGAUUCGACUCACAGAGGUCGUGGAUGCGUACACACCGCCACUGCAUGAUGUGUUUGCCAACAUCGUCCAGACUCUGUCGCGCGACACCGAACACGUUCAGUCUGGUCUGAUGCUGCUCGAGAAUUACGCAAUCCUUGGGACGACGACAUUCUGGUCUGCAUAUGGCCUGGACGUGUCGCGACUCGUUCGGUCGUUCGUGGGGGAGGUCAAGCCCGAGAUCAGCCAUGUGAUCUGCCGGGUUGUCGAUCGACUGCUUCAGCUUCUCCCUCCAGAUUCGGUCAUGCCCCUCCAAGAUGUCCUGGCUGCGUUGUGGGCCAUUGUCCAAGAACAGCCUCGACAAGAGAAGGAGCUUGUCGUGGUGUCAUAUUUGUCGACACUGGCCGCGGCGUCGCUGCACGCCCCAGCGGUCUUCUUCACUGUCGUUCCCACGGACCACGUCUCUUUGUUUUUGGAUACCAUGCUGCAGUUCUUCUUCUCUGUCGCGUUCACAGCGGUUGGCCCUGUCAGACGGCGCAUCUGGGUCUCCUCACUGUGCUCGUUCCUGACGGUGACGCCGGCGGUGCUCGAGCGUAUGGGCCUUAUUCUCGAAGCAUGCGUCGAGGUUGUGGGCGAAGCCGAUCCGUUGGACGUGAACGACGACGACCUGGCCACAACCCGCCGCAGUUUGCUCUUGACUCAAAAAACCAAGCUGCUUCCCCCUACAAUCCCUUACAUCAAACAAUACGUGUGUGCGCAGCUCAACCAGUGCGCCCAAAUGGUUGGCGCAGAGGCAUUCAGCCAAAGCAUGGCACUCGUCGAGGCCAGUGUAGUCAAUACCAUCCAGGCAUUGUGA